CCGGCCGGCGCGUGUUUCUCUCCGGACCUGUUUGAUCGCUGCACAAAGUCACAAAGUGUUCCGCCAAAAUCUUCUUCAAAAAUCUCCAAAAUUACAGCUGUGGAGGCCAUGCCCAAACUGCAGGGCUUCGAGUUCUGGAGUAAGACGCUGAAGGAGGCGCGCUUCGUGGUGGCUCCCAUGGUGGACCAGAGCGAGCUGGCCUGGCGUCUGCUGAGCCGGAGGCACGGGGCACAGCUCUGCUACACGCCCAUGUUCCACGCCCAGGUGUUUGUGCGCGACGCCAACUACAGGAGGGAGAACCUGUACAACGAAGUGUGCACGGAGGACCGGCCCCUCAUCACACAGUUCUGUGCCAACGACCCGGAGGUGUUUGUCCAGGCGGCUCUGCUGGCUCAGGACUACUGCGACGCCAUCGACCUCAACCUGGGCUGUCCUCAGAUGAUCGCCAAGAGAGGUCACUAUGGAGUUUUCCUGCAGGAUGAGUGGGAGCUGCUGGAGAAAAUGGUGAAGUUGGCCCACGAGAAGCUGUCUGUGCCCGUCACGUGUAAGAUCCGAGUGUUCGAGGACAUGGAGAAGACGGUCCGGUACGCGCAGAUGCUGGAGAAGGCCGGAUGUCAGCUGCUGACGGUGCACGGCAGAACCAAAGACCAGAAAGGAGCUCACACGGGGAUCGCCAGCUGGGAGCACAUCAAGGCCGUGCGGCAGGCCGUGAAGAUCCCAGUGUUUGCCAACGGGAACAUCCAGCACAUGAGCGACGUGGAGCGCUGCAUCCAGGAGACGGGGGUACAGGGGGUCAUGAGCGCAGAGGGGAACCUGCACAACCCGGCGCUGUUCGAGGGCCGCAGUCCCCCCGUGUGGGAGAUGGCGGAGGAGUACCUGCAGGUGGUCAGGGAGCACCCGCCCUGCACCCUGUCCUUCAUCAGAGCACACCUCUUCAAGCUCUGGCACCACACGCUUCAGAUCCACCAGGACCUGAGGGAGGAGCUGGCCAAAGUGAAAACUGUGGAGGGACUGUCUGAAGUCAGUCACCAGCUCAAACUCAGGUGUCAGGAGGAGAUCUCGCGCUGCGCCGGGGCAGAGGAGAAGGACAGCGGUCUGCCUUUCCCGCACUGGAUCUGUCAGCCCUACGUCCGGCCACCGCCCAAGGACCCGGUUGUGAACGGAGACAGCCAGCCCUCGGAGGUGAAAAAGCCCGUCGGCAAAAAGAGGGCGCUGGAGGACGACCCGAACUCCAACCCUGACGGACUGUCCAAGAACAAGCAGAAGAAGCGGUCCAGGAACCCCCACAAAAACUUCUGCCCCGAACAAAAACCAAAGUACGUCAAGUGUGAGCAGUGUGGAAACCCAAAGGGAAACAAAUGUGUGUUCAACCUGUGUCGCGGCUGCUGUAAGAAGAAAGCCUUUAAAGAAGUGGCAGACUGUCCGAGUCACGGGCUGAAGUUCAAGACCAAAGCAGAUAAACGCAAACAGGAGGAGGAGGAGGAAGAAGAGGAGGAGAAGAAGGACGAGGAAGGAGACGAGGAGAGGAGCCAGAGGAGGACAGAACAGGAGAGGAAUACAGCGCCUCCCUCAGUCCAGAUCUCACCUCCGCACCUGCUCUCAAACGGACAGACAAACCUAUGAACUCUGCACUGCAACAAAAAAAUAAUCUACAGGGGUUAAAAUGACCAUUGGUACUCAUUCAUUCAUCUGAAAAAGUUGUCCACAUCCUGCUUUAGAUCAUUCUGAACCAAGAGUCUUAAUCAUCAUAAAACCAGGAUUAGAUCUGGUUAACACUAAAUCCAGGCUCAGAUUCUUCAUGGUCCAGCUCCAGAUCAGACGGCGUAAGUUUUCAGAAUCAUUCAGAGUUUUAAUAAGAGCUCAGACUCCUUUACCUUGGGAGUCUGAAGUGAGCGCGGCCUUUUUUCUUAAUAAAAGAAUCGUUCCGGUGUGAACUCGUGGUCUCUGUGCAGAUUCCCAACACUGGAGUCACAGCUGGACCGAGCGAGUCUGAGCGAAAGAAAAAAAUAAAAGAGGAGUCGGACAGAUCUUAACUGUGUCUAAAACAGCACUUAAACAAGUCUUAAAAGCAAAGGUGUGAAGACUCCGGUCCCACCUGAAUAAGUCCAGGUAGCAUCAGUCACACCGGCUCUGUAAAAUCAUUCAGUUCAUUGGUUUUGAUUUGAAAACUUUUUAUUUUACGAAACAAUUUUUGAACAAAGCAAGCACUUCUGCCUGAAACAGUCUUAAACACAGUCUCAUUUCGCAGGCCAGUAAUUUUGGCAAUUCUUGAUGAAAUAACCUCAAAUGUUCACAGAAUGUCUAGAAACAGAUCAGUAUUAUAUAUUUAAAGUUUUAUUUUUGUUCUGUUUUCAGGUUGAGUCCCAAAGAAAAGUCAUUUUGUGUCUUGGAAUCUGCUGCACACACUCACCCACUUCGUUUCACUUCGUACAAACCGUCUGACCUCACAGCCUUAGAUUUCGACGGUAGGCGGGUACUUUUUAUCUUUUAACCAAUCGCUGCUAUUUGGUCGUGAUAGAUGUAAUGCGCCACUAAUAGGGAUGGGCAUUCGAUGAUGAUUACCGAUUGAUUUUCGAUUAAUCAUUAACGUUUUUAUAUAAUAAGUAUCAUCAUUAUUAUUACUAUUAAUAAUCUGCUUAAAUAAACUCAACUUUACAACAUAUAAACCUAAACACUCUAGAGCCACAUCAGCCCGUUUGACAUUAUAAUGUGUUAAAUGCAGCUUUGCGCAAGUCUCACAGAAACAAAACUUAAAACCACAUGGCUAAUUUGCAUAAACUAAGUGAAGAAAAAAAACGCUCUUGUGCGCUGUUGCAAUUCAGCUUCUGUCGGACUAAAGGACACGACUCAGUGGAAUAUGAGUGUUCUUUCUGUGACAGAGGGGUGUUCUGCUGAUGGUGAGUCUGUUCUGUGUGUCGCGAUGUUUUCAAAGAUCGUACGUGUGCAGGUUCAGCGCAGCUCCUUAUGUUGCAGUAACCAGGAUAGUGUGUUUACAUGCACCAUGAUGAAACCGGGAUACACAUGUGCAUGUAAACGAACUCACUGAGAGGUACAGUGUCUCCAAGGAGGUGCCAGAGCCUCGUCUCUACGCCCAAAAACCUACAUUCGGUUUGUCAAUUAGAAAUGAACGUACCCGACGAAAUUCUUAAUGAUCAGUUCUUGAGUAGUCGACUAAUCAUGCCCAUCCCUAACUGGUAUAUUAAGCUUUUCCCAAAUCCCGAAGGAAGAAGGGCAAUAACGUCUUUCCCCUUGAUAAAAUUCACCAAACAUUCUCUUUAUUCCGGCUUUAAAUCCUCGAUCUCGGGAAUCGUUGACAACACAGAAUAUAUCACUUUUCGCUGAUUGGCUGGAGCCCGAACUCACACUUCCAGAGUUUUUGUAAACCGUCUAGUGUAUUCUGAUUCCUGACCCAGUCGCUGGAGAGAAAUGAAAUUGAGCGGAGGCACUAGGUGGCGCCAGCCUGGCUAAGACUGUACAGCCUUCAGUGCAAAACGUGGAAAAACUUCACCAGCUGGCAAACAAAUGUUAACUUCAUACCAAAAAUUUAAAGAAGAAGGUGAUUAUGUAGGGCUAAAGGAUCUGGUACGUCAAACCGUCAUUCGAGGAAUCUGGGUUUCCAAACUUGUUUCUCCUUACCGAUUUCUUGGGGCUUCGCAAGAGUUUUCCACAAACUUGCUCGACCUUCUCUUUUGAUGUUGAUGUUGGUCUACCAGAUCCUCUAGCCCUGCAUAAACAGCCAAACUCUUUACAUUUUUGGUAUCAAGUCCAGUUUUAUUUGCCAGUUGGUGAAGUUUUUCAAAAUUUUGCGUUGAAGCUGCACAGUCUUGGGUGAGUGUGUACGAGCAGAUUCCAAGACACAAAAUUACUUCUCUUUGGGAGUGAACGGCUCAACCUGAAAACAGAACAAAAAUAAAACAUUAAAUAUAAACUCUUGGUCUGUUUCUGUACAUUAGGUGAAAAUAUGAGGUUAUUUCAACAAGAAUUGCCAAAAUUAUCGGCCUGCGAAAUUAUGUCAAAUUUUUUUUGGACACCCUGUAUUUUUAAUCACUUAGAACGGUCCAGUCCUCUUCACAAAACUCUAAAUCAGCUAAGGUCCAGCACUUUUAGAUUCAGAAUUCAAGUCAUUUUAACCUGUGUGGAUAUGACGUCUUUUUCUCAGUGUUCUUCCUGGUCAUGUGACAAAACGACUCACCACAUCUGCUGCUACACAACUCCUCCAAACCUGUUAGAUUUGACGUGGAGUUUUACCACUGCUCGGGAUAACUUUUGUGUUUUUAUUUUUAUUUUUUUAUUUGGGAGACCUUUUGUUUUUUGCCAAAGUCAAUCAGGAACCUCUUUAAAGUCCUACACAUGUACAGUUUAUUUAUUUUUAGUGGACUAUGGCUUUAUUUGAAAACGGACUGUGCCUUCUUGUAAAAUACUGCCUUUAAAACGGUACACGUGAAUUAAAGAUGUACUUUUCAACCAUGGGAUCAUAAAAAUACAAA